UUGAGGUUUGUUUGGAAAAUUAUCAAAAUCAAAUGAUAAAUAAUAAACUUUACUUUUUUCACCUGUUUUAGAUUUCAGUUGUAAUUCAACACAUCUGAACACGAUGAAUUCAACAGAUUAUCGAGAUUAUCGAGAAAAAGAUGAAUUGUUACUUAAUGUUUUUCUACCAAUAAUUAUUCCUAUUGAUAUAGUUUCUCUAAUUUUUUUCACCAUUUUUUUGAUGUAUGAAAUUCGAAAAGAAGUUGAAGAGAAUCUCAAGAAAUCGACAGCUGAAUUCAAAAACAUCUACUUUUUCUGCACAGUUUUGAUAAUCAAUAAUACAACAAAUACAAUUUUUGAUAUUCUACUCAAUGUUACAGAGUUUAAUGUAUUUACAUUUCUAUUUGGAUUAAAACUUAUUUUAUUUUAUUUUAGUUUUGUUUAUUUGAUUGACUCGAUUAAUUUAAUCUUCAAAUUUUUAGUAUUUUUAGUCGCUGUGCAGCGUAUCAUUUUCAUUUAUCAUCAAAAAUAUAUUUUUCUCAUCACAGGAAAAUUUUUGAAAGUUUAUUUACUAAUUUUUUAUGGGGUUCUGAUAGUAUAUCUUUUCAAUGGAGAUCGUGAGUAAAAAUUGAGAAAUAUGGAGAUUGUAGUGAUAUUUGUAGAUACCUGCACAUAUAAAAGUAUGAUACCUCAACGUUGUAAAAUUGAAACAAUUCUUCCAUUUGCUAUUCAAAUAGUUCUACAGUUUAUAAUAUCUAUAGCCUCUUUUCUGAUCUACUUACAUAUUUAUAAACUUAUCAAAACUCUGACUGAUCGAAAAGAUGAGAUUUUUUAUAUUUAUCAAUUUAUGCCCCUCGCAUUUCAUCAAAUGAUAUUUUCAACAUUCCAAUUGAUCAUUAUGCUUUUAUCCAUUUGUCAAUUCGACAUUUCUAAUGAAUGUGAAAUUUUCAUCACAAUUGUAUUUGAUAUUUUCAAUCAUUCACUUCCAUUUGUUAUUUCUAUGUCAUAUAUCGCGUCCCGCGAAAAUUUACGAUACUUGAUUGUUGGAGUUGUAUUUCCAUUUUUUGAAAGAUCUUCGACUCAAGUUGGAGUUUAUGUUCAACAAAAUUUGUAA